CGGAGCGGAUCGGGCGCGGGAUGCCGCGCGCGGGGCCCCCCCGCGGCCGCUGCCCGCGCCGGGGCCCCUGAGGCCGGACGAUGCCCCUUGGCCAUGGCGGCGGCGGGGCCCGCUAGGAUGACGCCGGCGGCGGCGGCGGCGGUGACGCCGGCGGUGGUGGCGGCGGUGGCCUUGCUGCUGCUGCGUCCCCCGCCGGGCGCCGGGGCGGGACCGCCGGGCGCGGGCUGCCCGGCCGCCUGCAGCUGCAGCAACCAGGCGAGCCGGGUGGUUUGCACGCGGCGGGAGCUGCUGGAGGUGCCGGCCAGCAUCUCGGUGAACACGCGGUACCUCAACCUGCAGGAGAACCUCAUCCAGGUGAUCCGCACCGACUCCUUCAAGCACCUGCGGCACCUGGAGAUCCUGCAGCUGAGCCGCAACCUGGUGCGCACCGUGGAGGUGGGCGCCUUCAACGGGCUGCCCAACCUCAGCACGCUGGAGCUCUUCGACAACCGCCUCACCACGGUGCCCACGCAGGCCUUCGAGUACCUGUCCAAGCUGCGCGAGCUGUGGCUGCGCAACAACCCCAUCGAGAGCCUGCCCUCGUACGCCUUCAACCGGGUGCCCUCGCUGCGGCGCCUGGACCUGGGCGAGCUGCGGCGCCUGGAGUACGUCUCCGAGGCGGCCUUCGAGGGGCUGGUGAACCUGCGCUACCUGAACCUGGGCAUGUGCAACCUCAAGGAGAUCCCCAACCUCACGGCCCUGGUGCGCCUGGAGGAGCUGGAGCUGUCGGGCAACCGGCUGGACCUCAUCCGCCCGGGCUCCUUCCAGGGGCUGGGCAGCCUGCGCAAGCUGUGGCUGAUGCACGCGCAGGUGGGCGCCAUCGAGCGCAACGCCUUCGACGACCUCAAGGCGCUGGAGGAGCUCAACCUGGCGCACAACAGCCUGGCCUCGCUGCCCCACGACCUCUUCACGCCGCUGGGCCGCCUCGAGCGGGUGCACCUGCACCACAACCCCUGGCGCUGCGACUGCGACGUGCUCUGGCUCAGCUGGUGGCUCAAGGAGACGGUGCCCAGCAACACGACGUGCUGCGCCCGGUGCCACGCGCCGCCGGCCCUGCGCGGCCGCUACCUGGGCGAGCUGCAGCAGAGCCACUUCACCUGCUACGCCCCCGUCAUCGUGGAGCCGCCCGCCGACCUCAACGUCACCGAGGGCAUGGCCGCCGAGCUCAAGUGCCGCACCGGCACCGCCAUGACCUCCGUCAACUGGCUGACGCCCAACGGCACCCUCAUGACGCACGGCUCCUACCGCGUGCGCAUCUCGGUGCUGCACGACGGCACCCUCAACUUCACCAACGUCACCGUGCAGGACACGGGCCAGUACACCUGCAUGGUGACCAACGCCGCCGGCAACACCACCGCCUCCGCCACCCUCAACGUCUCCGCCGCCGACACCGCCGCCGCCGCCGCCGCCGCCACCGGCUACACCUACUUCACCACCGUCACCGUGGAGACCACCGACGGCGGCGGCGAGGAGGCGGCCCCCAAGACGGAGGCGGCCCCCACGGCCACCGCCGGCUGGGCCCCGGCCGGCGGGGGGUCCUCCACGGCGCCGCCGGCCACCCGCGCCCCGGGCCGGGCCUUCACGGUGCCGGUGACGGCGGCGGCGGCGGCCGAGGGCGGCCUCAAGGACCUGGACGACGUGCUGAAGACCACCAAGAUCAUCAUCGGCUGCUUCGUGGCCAUCACCUUCAUGGCGGCCGUGAUGCUGGUGGCCUUCUACAAGCUGCGCAAGCAGCACCAGCGCCACAAGCACCACGGGGCCGCGCGGGCCGUGGAGAUCGUCAACGUGGAGGACGAGCUGGGGGGUGGCGGGGGGGGCGGGGGGGGCGGCGGGGGGGGGGACAGCCGGCUGGCGCUGCCGGCGCUGGAGCGGGAGCAGCUGGAGCGUUACGCCGCGUUGGCGGCCCGCUACGCCGACGGCGCCCUGGCCUGCGCCAAGAACCCGCUGCUGAGCUCGGCCCACGAACCGCUGCUCUUCAAGAGCCCCUCCAAGGAGAACGUGCAGGAGACCCAGAUCUGAGCGGGGGGGCUGGGGGGCUGGGGGGGGACGCGGACCUCCCUGACCCCCCCCCGGACCUGCCCCCCCCCCCCGGACCUGCCCCUCCAAGGAGAACGUGCAGGAGACCCA